AUGUCCCUCCAUCAGAGACAGCAGUCACCGCAUCAGCAGCAACAGCCGUUGGUGGAUCCCGAGCCGCUCUCCCCUCGCCAUGGGACGGGCUUGCAACAGAGAUCGAUCUCCCUGUUCAGCCCCACCGGCGUCAUUAUCCUCUUGUCUCUGAUGGUGAUUCUGGGGGUCUUAUUCCCCUGGAUGGGGAUGCCGGCGGGGCUCUUCUCUGGGAACAAGGACGGGUCUCUCUCGAGAUGGAGGGAGUACACUCUCGCAGAGGCUGCUGCCUUCGUGGGGAAGAAUGGUACCAUUAUAGUAUGCGCGGUGAGCCAACCAUACCUCCCCUUUCUUAACAACUGGCUGAUCAGCAUCGCCAGGCGGAAUCACCAGGAGAAGGUGCUAGUCGUGGCCGAAGACUACGCCACCCUUUACAAAGUGAACGAGAAGUGGCCCGGCCAUGCUGUCCUGAUCCCGCCUGCUCCAGAGGCCCAAACCGCCCACAAGUUCGGCUCUCAGGUACAGGAAAAUCUUGGAUUUCUCAUCGAUAGAAAUUGUUCAACGUGUAUCCAUCAGCUCGACUAGAAUCAAGCUCAAUCCUUGCUCGUCAGUAUGGCACCUCAUGUUUUCCCCAUUUUUUUACAGAUAUAACACCAUAAUGUCUCGUAAUUCAACACAUCUGAUGCCCUUUUUAUGAUCAACUCUGCUCCGUUUUUAUGCCCUUUUUAUGAACAGAUAAUGCCCUUUUUAUGUCUCGAAGUAUUAUUCAUGGUCAUUACCUGUUCAUGUUUCUGUGGUGUGCUGACAGAAAAAUAUGGCGCUGGUUCAGAUGUCCUUAUACGUGUUUACAUAAAUCCUUGACAGGGGUUCUUCAAUUUUACAUCACGCAGGCCCCGCCACCUUCUGCAUAUUCUGGAGCUGGGAUAUAAUGUCAUGUACAAUGAUGUUGACAUGGUGUGGUUAGCAGAUCCAUUUCCAUACAUGGAGGGGAAUCACGAUGUGUAUUUCACUGACGACAUGGCGGCUGUAUGUGCACCGUUCCAUUCCCUUUCCUCUCUGGGUAUUUUUUUUUCAUGGCCAUAAUCUUUUUCUCGGGCAUUUCUCUUCAAAUCAGGUGAAGCCUCUGAACCAUUCCCAUGCCCUGCCGCCCCCGGGGAAGAAGGGCAGGACGUACAUUUGCAGCUGCAUGAUCUUCCUCCGGCCCACAGACGGAGCGAAGAAGGUGAUGAAGAAGUGGAUAGAGGAAAUGCAGCUGCAGCCGUGGUCUACGACGAUGAAGUCAAACGAUCAGCCAGCUUUCAACUGGGCCCUCAACAAGACCUACAGCGAGGUAAGGCCUUACCAUUCUAUGAACCUUAAUGCCUGCCAUUUCAUUCUAUGAAGACUCUGCUUGUCCGAUUUAUUUUUUUUCCUCAUGUUUUCAUGCGAUUUAUAUUUUUUCUAAUUAAUUCUGUUUUUCUAGCUCAUAACAAAAAUUAUUAUGGCGACUUUUCUUUUUUAGUUGGGUUUUUUUUUCCCUUUCUGAGGUGGAGAGUACUGCAUUUUGUUGAGAAUUAUUUAGGAUUAUGAGCAUGGGUGGUGGGGGGAAGAAUCAGUUUUAGUUGCUACCAUCUGAUUCUUGACCUGAUCGGAUGUUUAGCUCGUCGUAGUGAUGAAUCGUUUGAAAAUUUCUUCAUGGAGCUCGAUCAGUCAUCAUUAUUAACUACGAAAUUAAACCUUAAAAUAGGGUGAUUUAACCACGCAUAAUUUGAUGCAUUGAGAGAUAAUUUUCACUAUGAUCGGCAUGUGAUCAUGUCUUCUGCCUAAUAUCUGGCACCAAAAAAGAAAAAAAAGAAGGAAUUUUCUCUAUAUUUACAAGGAUUUCUGCAACACAUUAGAGACUCCAUGGAAUGAUGGCUGAGCCAUCUAAAGAAUGGGCACUGGAGGAAUAUCUUUGGCCCUUGAUUCCCAUGAUUCUUCCUCUUGAUUAAUGUUUUUUUUUAUUUUUUUAUUUUUUCAAAAUUUUCUGGACAUUCAUCCAGAAUUGGCGACACCCACCCUUUGAUACUCACUCCUUAUUCUAUAAACUUUUUUUUUUUUUUCCAUGAAUAGUGAUCAAUCCCAACUGUGAGCAAUUGGGUUCUUCAUCCCUGUGACGAUAGGACUUCCGUUUGCGCUCGUUGACUUGGAAUCAUUUUCCCUAACAUGGGUCUGACCGAUUAAUUGCGCACGUGUCAGACACGAAUUCAUUCCAACCCAAGCUGAAAAGGGUGGGAGCCCUCGGGUUGGGGAUUGCAGUUCUUUCACAAAGCGAUGGCUCUGUUUUCUUCGUGAGGGAUUCACUGAAGCAACGCCUUGAUGCUUGCAGUUGACCAUUGAAAUUGCAGGUCGACCUGUACCUUCUCCCCCAGGUGGCUUUCCCGUCGGGGGGGCUCUACUUCAAGAACGAGAAGUGGGUCCAAGAAACCAGAGGCCGCCACGUCAUCAUCCACAACAACUACAUCUCCGGUUUCGAGAAGAAGAUCAAGCGUUUCCGCGACUUUGGCCUCUGGCUAGCGGACGAUCACAUCCAGGAGUCGCCCCUCGGUCGAAUCUAG